GAGUGGUGGAAGAGAGAGUAGAUGAGUACAAGGGUUCCUGCAACCCGCACGCGGGUGGGGAAAUACGAGAUCGGUAAAACGAUUGGGGAAGGCAGCUUUGCAAAGGUGAAGUAUGCCAAAAACAUUGAGACCGGCGACAGCGUAGCCAUCAAAGUCCUCGACAAGGAUCAUGUACUCCGUCACAAGAUGGUGGAACAGAUAAAAAGAGAAAUUGCAACCAUGAAGCUUGUCAAACACCCAAACGUUAUCCAGAUCCACGAGGUGAUGGCGAGUAAGACAAAGAUAUAUAUUGUGCUUGAAUUUGUUAAUGGAGGAGAGCUUUUUGACAAAAUAGUCAAACAUGGGAGACUUAAAGAAGAUGAAGCUAGGAGAUAUUUCCAGCAGCUAAUUAAUGCUGUGGAUUACUGUCAUAGUAGAGGCGUGUACCAUAGAGAUUUGAAGCCUGAAAAUUUGCUACUUGAUUCGUGUGGUAUUCUUAAAGUUUCAGACUUUGGAUUGAGUACAUUUUCACAAGAAGUAAGGGAUGAUGGUUUGCUACAUACUGCAUGUGGGACGCCAAAUUAUGUUGCUCCUGAGGUGCUCAAUGAUAAGGGUUAUGAUGGUACAGCAGCUGAUAUAUGGUCUUGCGGGGUCAUUCUGUUUGUUCUUAUGGCUGGGUACUUGCCUUUUGAUGAGUCAAACCUCAUGGCUUUAUAUAGAAAAAUAUACAAGGCUGAUUUCACAUUCCCUUCAUGGUUUUCAUCUGGUGCCAAAAAAUUGAUAAAGUGUAUUCUUGACCCAAAUCCUGUCACCCGGAUAACAAUUCCCGAAAUCUUGGAAAAUGAAUGGUUCAAGAAAGGGUACAAGCCACCAGACUUUGAACAUGGCGAAGAUAUCAGCCUUGAUGAUGUUGAUGCUGUUUUUAAUGACUCACAGGAACACCUUGUAACUGAAAAGAAAGAGAAACCUGUAUCAAUGAAUGCAUUUGAGCUUAUUUCUAGGUCACAAAGCUUCAAUCUCGAAAAUUUGUUUGAGAAGCAGAUGGGUCUUGUGAAGCGAGAGACACGCUUUACCUCUCAGCACCCUGCACAUGAGAUUAUGUCUAAGAUUGAGGAAACUGCAAAGCCUCUUGGUUUUAAUGUGUGCAAGCAAAACUACAAGAUGAAGUUGCGAGGUGACAAAACUGGAAGGAAGGGCCACCUCUCAGUAGCUACAGAGGUUUUUGAAGUGGCUCCUACUCUGCAUAUGGUAGAGCUCCGGAAGACUGGAGGUGAUACAUUGGAGUUUCACAAUUUCUACAAAAGCUUCUCGUCUGGAUUGAAAGAUAUAGUCUGGAAAUCUGAAGCAAACACAGAAGAGACACGGUCAUAGCCAAGAACCUUCCUCUACAAGGAAGAUAUUUUUUGGUUGAACUUGUUUGUUCUUGGUCUUCUCUUUAUUAAUAUGUACAACUUGUAUGAUGUAUGGAGGACCAUGAAAGACAUUUGAUGGAUGAACUGGAUCUUCUCAAGCAUGAAGGUCUGUGUAAAUGGUGGGCUACAGAGCUGUCACUUUAA